AUGCACCUGAAGAAUGGUCUUUCGCUUUAUCCUGCAGCUCUCAGCUCUGGAAUUGUCUGCUUCCCCUUCUUCCAUAGCAGUCCUCUCAUCGUUCCAGCGUCCCCCGUUGUUCCCCUGCGGCUUUGUGUUUCGCUACUCCCUUUUCUCAUCCAUCUGUCCCAGGUGGCAAAGCUGGCAGCUGUUCCCUCAGGUCUGCCCUUUGCAGGUAUUACUGUGUAUGCAGCAACAGAAAAGGAAUCAAAAGGUCAGCUGGUGAAGCCAUGUCAGCUUCCAAUUUACUCUCCACCCCCUCUGAAAUCCAAAUACAUUGAAGAACAGCCUGGUCACUUGCAGAAGCAAUUUUCUUCAGUAAGACAGGCAACCGGUCGCUAUGUUGGAUGGUGGAAGGAUGCUUUUGUCUUUGUUAAAAAUGGAAUAAUGGAUUCAAUUCAAUUUGGAAAAGAUGCUUAUGUUUACCUGAAGAAUCCGCCACCAGAAUUUCUUCCCAAAGUGGGUGUAAUCACAAUGUCAGGCUUUGCUGGUGUUGUGCUGGCAAGAAGAGAUUCUCGAUUUAAGAGAAUUGCUUAUCCGUUGGGACUUACUGCUUUAGGAACUUCUGUUUGUUACCCUGCUCAGUCAGUGGUAAUUGCUAAGGUAACAGGGAGGAAGCUAUUUUCUGCAAGCCGUCAGACCUACGAAGCUGUGCGAUCGCUGUGGGCCACACAGGAAGGCAUCCCCAAGCUGCAGGAAGAGGCAAAAUCAGUUACACAAGAUAAGAAAAAGAAAGAAACUCCUCGUACAAAACCCGAGGCUGCUAUUGAAGCGAGAUCAUUUACUAGAACAGAAUCUUCUCCCGUAGAGUCUUGGAGUAAUAAAGAUCCAGUGCCUUCAUCAGGAACAGUGAAGACACCAAAAUUUAAGCCUGAUCCAAAACUUAUGGACCAUGGUCAGUCCAGCCCAGAAGAUGUGGAUAUGUACAGUACUCGAAGCUAAGACAAAUCUGCUUACGAAUUUUUGCAAAGUAUUACAGAUAAGGGGGAGGGAAGAAGGGAAGGAAUAAUCCUUACAAUACAUACUCUGUGAGGUAUAAUUUAAUCAGUUAUUUUCUUAUAUCCCAAUUUGUAUUAUUGACUUACAUGAUUCUGUUUAGUGAAUAUUUUGUUUCUCACUAGUUAUAAGCACUGAGACUUCACUCAUUGCCAGUGUCAUUAGUGAGGCACUGAGAAAAUGAGAUUGUCAGUGUCUUCUCACAAUGAGAUUACUCUGUGCCAAGCUUGUUAAUAAAUGUCACUUCACAAAGG